AUGGGUUGGUGGAAAGAAGAGCAUUUUAAUGCAUCGGAUGCUGACGGAGAUGGUGUUCUAAACUUGACUGAAUUCAAUGACUUUCUGCACCCGGCUGACAGCAAAAACCCUAAGCUUCAUCAGUGGUUGUGCAUGGAGGAAGUCAGGGAAAGAGAUACUGAUAGAGAUGGAAAGGUCAACUUUAAAGAAUUUUUCCAUGGGUUGUUUGAUCUGGUAAGAAACUACGAUGAAGAAGGUCAUAGUCAGACACAUGAUUCUAAUAAUUCAAUGGAUGCUCCAGCUAGAGUGUUGUUUUCUCAGCUUGACAAGGAUGGGGACGGAUACUUGUCAGAUGUUGAACUACUGCCCAUAAUUGAGAAACUCCAUCCAUCUGAGCAUUAUUAUGCAAAGCAACAAGCCGAUUAUAUCAUUUCACAGGCAGAUGAGGACAAGGAUGGCCGUCUUACCUUGACUGAGAUGAUUGAGAAUCCAUAUGUAUUUUAUAGUGCUAUUUUCAACGAUGAUGAAGAUGAUGAUGGUGAUUACCACGAUGAGUUCCGUUAA